CCGGCCACCCUGGGCAGAGAGGUGAAACUGGCUUUCAAGGAAAGACAGGACCUCCGGGUCCACCUGGCGUCGUCGGCCCCCAGGGUCCUACUGGAGAGACCGGUCCAAUGGGUGAAAGAGGGCAUCCUGGUCCUCCUGGGCCACCUGGCGAACAAGGUUUACCUGGCCAGGCAGGAAAAGAAGGAUCCAAGGGAGACCCUGGCCCAGCGGGCCUGCCUGGCAAGGAUGGGCCUCCAGGUUUACGAGGUUUCAGCGGCGAAAGAGGACUUCCCGGUCCAAUUGGAUCUCCUGGCCUGAAAGGCAACGAAGGACCCCCAGGACCGCCUGGCCCAGCUGGUUCUCCUGGCGAAAGAGGUGCUGCCGGUCCGGCCGGGCCAAUCGGACUGCUGGGAAGACCAGGUCCCCAAGGGCCACCAGGUCCUUCCGGUGAAAAGGGGGCUCCAGGAGAAAAGGGUCCUCAGGGGCCUGCCGGGCGUGAUGGCAUCCAAGGUCCUGUUGGUCUCCCAGGCCCUGCUGGACCAGUUGGGCCACCGGGUGAAGAUGGGGAUAAGGGUGAAAUCGGGGAGCCAGGACAGAAGGGAAACCGAGGUGACAAGGGGGAACAGGGACCGCCCGGGCCAUCAGGUCCCCAGGGCCCAAUUGGCCAGCCUGGUCCAUCGGGAGCUGACGGAGAACCAGGACCGAGGGGGCAGCAGGGACUCUUUGGGCAGAAAGGUGACGAGGGUCCUAGAGGUUUCCCCGGCCCGCCAGGUCCAGUUGGAUUACAGGGUAUGCCUGGGCCACCUGGAGAAAAGGGAGAGACUGGAGAUGUCGGACAGAUGGGUCCCCCUGGUCCACCCGGCCCAAGAGGUCCCAAUGGUCCCCCAGGAGCUGAUGGUCCACAAGGUCCUCCUGGAGGAAUUGGCAAUCCCGGUGCUGUUGGAGAGAAGGGUGAUCCCGGAGAGGCUGGCGAGCCUGGUCUUCCCGGAGAGCUUGGACCACCUGGCCCUAAGGGUGAAAGAGGUGAAAAGGGCGAAGCAGGUCUUCAAGGGUCAGCUGGACCACCUGGUCCAAAAGGUCCACCUGGUGACGAUGGUCCAAAAGGUAGCCCCGGUCCAGUUGGAUUUCCCGGGGAUCCUGGUCCUCCUGGAGAACCUGGUCCAUCUGGUCAGGAUGGGCCUCCUGGUGAUAAGGGUGACGAUGGUGAAGCUGGUCAGACAGGAUCUCCAGGACCUACAGGAGAGCCUGGCCCAUCUGGACCACCGGGGAAGAGGGGUCCUCCAGGUCCAGCAGGUCCAGAAGGACGACAAGGAGAGAAAGGUGGAAAGGGUGAAACUGGCUUAGAAGGUCCUCCUGGAAAGACUGGUCCUGUUGGUCCUCAAGGAUCUCCUGGGAAACCAGGUCCUGAAGGUCUAAGAGGAAUCCCUGGACCUGUGGGAGAGCAAGGUCUGCCAGGUUCAACUGGUCCUGAUGGCCCGCCUGGUCCAAUGGGUCCACCGGGUCUGCCAGGAUUAAAGGGAGAUUCAGGUCCAAAGGGUGAAAAGGGUCAUCCCGGAUUAAUUGGUCUCAUCGGACCUCCAGGAGAGCAAGGAGAAAAGGGAGAUCGCGGCCUUCCAGGUUCUCAAGGUUCCCAAGGAUCUAAAGGCGAACAGGGUAUCUUUGGUCCAGCUGGGCCUGUAGGUCCUCCCGGUCCUCCUGGAUUACCGGGUGGUGCCGGGCCAAAGGGUGCUAAAGGGUCAUCGGGUCCAACGGGUCCAAAGGGUGAAACUGGAACUUCUGGCCCACCAGGUCCUCCGGGUCCCCCAGGGGAAGUUAUACAGCCACUUCCUUUCCAGUCAUCGAAGAGAACAAAGCGUAGCAUUGAUGCGAGCCAAGUGGUUGAUGAAGGGAACGCAGAUAAUAAUUACAUGGAUUACGCGGACGGCAUGGAGGAAAUCUUCGGCUCUCUUAACUCCUUAAAACUGGAAAUUGAGCAGAUGAAACAUCCCUUGGGCACUCAGGGCAACCCAGCAAGGACCUGCAAGGACCUACAGCUCUGCCACACCGACUUCCCAGAUGGUGAAUACUGGAUUGAUCCUAACCAGGGCUGUUCCCGAGACUCCUUUAAGGUUUUCUGCAAUUUCACGGCCGGAGGAGAGUCUUGUAUAUUCCCCGACAAGAAGUCUGAAGGAGCUAAGCUUACAUCCUGGCCCAAAGAGAAUCCGGGCUCCUGGUUCAGUGAAUUCAAGCGUGGUAAACUGCUGUCCUACGUGGAUGCAGAUGGAAACCCAAUCGGUGUUGUGCAGAUGACUUUCCUGAGGCUACUAAGUGCUGCUGCCAAGCAAAACGUAACGUACAACUGCUACCAGUCUGUCGCUUGGCACGAUAGCACCACCAACAGCUACGACAAGGCCAUCCGCUUCCUGGGCUCGAACGAUGAGGAAAUGUCCUACGACAACAAUCCCUACAUUCAGGCAAUCGUGGAUGGAUGUGCAUCAAAGAAAGGCUCGCAAAAGACUAUCCUGGAGCUCAACACACCCAAAGUGGAGCAAGCUCCUAUUGUGGACCUUAUGUUUAAUGACUUCGGAGACCCAACGCAAAAAUUUGGCUUUGAAGUGGGACCAGUGUGUUUCCAAGGCUAAAAAAUAAAAAAAUAAAAGACACUCCAGAAAAAAAACAAAAAAUAAAAAAAGGAGAUAACUAAAUAUACAUAAAUACACUUGUUUUGAGCAAAGAGGCCAAUAGCAAACCAGAAUGACGCCAAGUUUCCAAAUGAGCAACCUUUAAACCUCAUCACAGUUUACUAAUUUUUUUUCUUCACAUGCACGUUCUCAAACUGGGACGGUGAAGGGUUGAACCCCAAUUUGCCUGAGGUUAUGCGACUGGACCACCAAUAUAUUAGGGAAAGAAAAAAAACCACUUGGUGCCUAAAGCCUUAGGAUCACAUGACCUAAACAGCAUCACGUGACAAUCACUAGAAGCACAUGACUCCCGCUUAUGAUGAAUUAUGGAGUUGAAUAUCAUUACCUGUGUGACGGAGAUGCUUGAACAUAAUACAUCCAGCCUGACACAAAUUCGGACCAGAAAGGACUCUUCUUUUUCACUCAGUCUUCCUAAUGAAUGCACUCGCCUUUGUGCCCGGCUUGUCCCUUUGUAUUAAAGGUGCUUAUAUUUUUGUAUGUAAUUAUUUGUAUUGUAUAUUAUUAUUAUUCUGUUUUUCAUGAAAAAGAAAAGUAAGUUGCCUUAUCCUAAGCUUUAAAGCUUGCAUGUGACCUGGUUUUAAAUCAGCGUUUCGACAGAUAAAUACUGGCAAAUUUGUGGCAAUAUGUAAAAUAUAUUUUUUUGUUUUAGAACCAAAGAUUUCUGUUCUCCAACAUGUGGUACGGACCCGACUCUUUACUGUCUUAAGGAAUAAUUACAGUGCAGGGAUAAAUUAGACACCCGCGUGGGAAUUUACCAGUACACUAUGCAAAAAUAACUUGUUCUGAGCUGUGGUCUGGAAGAGAUAGAGUAGAAUAAAUGUAAAAAAAAACACUAGCUAUGCAAUUAUGCCACAUUCUCCGUGUUUCACUUCACAGGACGUUUUAAUGAUUUGUUUUCGCAAAGACAGCUAGGUCACCGAUUUCUAUAGAACUGUGGUUUCAUCAAAAUUAUGGAAAACAUUUUCUUUUUUUGUAGACUUCAUUUCCAGCCGUAGUGAACGAUCCUGCUGUAGACCUUAUUACUGCAUACAAUUGACUUGUGUCACCAAUAGGGCAAAGCAAAAAAUUCUUGGGCAAACUGCUUCGGAUAGGAUUAGCAAAGAGAAUCAAGCAACGAUUGGAUUGUGUGACAAGACCAGAGACAGGCUAACAAGUUCUUAUUAUUGUACAGUAUUUUACCUCUACGUUGCCUUGUCACAGAGUGGGAGAUUGCCUGUAGUAGGAAAAACCUUGUCAGAAAUAGGUGCUAUAUUCCGUUUUCCUGUGGUGCUAUUUUAUAUUUGAAACUCCCUGACAGUGCUCCUCUGUGGGCGGACUGCCAUUACUUCCUGACCGACGUAUCCCACUCAGAGCGCUAGCGGGAAGAGUUAUACUGCAUGCUUCUCUUGUAUUCAUAUACAAUGUAGAUACGGCGUAAUAAAAAAAAAUAUAUUGACUGUAUUGUGGUAGCUUCCCAUGUAGAUUUUUUUUUUACAAAAAAAACAAAAACAAAAACAACUCUCUUUCCAUUUCUGUGUUUAUGAUUAUUCCGGAUUUGUACUCAGAUGCUGAUUAAUUGUGGUGCUAACUUAUGUUGUUUGUUUAAAAGUGUUGAAAAAUAUGUCUUUCCUCGUGUGCUGAUGUUGGCGAAUGUGCAAACUGGUUCUUAACAUUUCUAGUCCGAUGAGUGUUUACAUGACCAGUACUGUACGAGGCUGAAACGCCGGUGAACCUCACUGCAAUAAUAAAAAAAGGGACACAAUGUGCAUGAAUUUGCCUCUUUUAUGAAUAGUUAGAGGACAACAAAAAGUCUGUAGAAGUAUCCGAUAUCUGUGAAUUCCAUGGGCAGAGGCAAGGCCCUUUACUUUUGUUGUUGAGUUCUCAGUAUAUACAAGAAGACCGGUCUUUUAGAAAAAUGUUCUUUAGGAUCAAUAUAUUGGGGGGAAUUCAAAUAUUUGAAAAGUCGGUUGGGUGUCUGUUUUUUACUGACUAUUAGAAAAAACAGACACCCAACGGACUUUUCAAACAAUUGAAUCUCCCCCCAUUGUGUGAUAAGGAAACAAAACGAUCCCUUAAAAAAAUAAUAGAAAGAGAUUUUAUUUUAUAUGGUGACCCUCUUUACAUUUUUGUACUCAUUCCUCGAUUUUAAUGUUGUACAGAUCCCCCCCCCCCCCCCCCCAUUUUAUAAAUGUUUGGGAAAAAUGUGUCCUUCAUAUUUAAAGCAGUAGCAUUGCUUGUUCCUACCAACAUGUCCUUUGCAUUAAAACCAAUUUUAAAGACCAUUAGAAGAUUAUUAUUUUUUACAGCUUCCAAAAUAGAUGUAGCUGUGGCUGGCACGAAUACAAUAUUUAUUUAGACGAGUUCUGUUCUUACUAAAAGCACAAUGCUAAACCAUCUCAUGGGAAACAUCUGUAUUUAGAAGAAAAUGCAAAUAAUAUCACAGUGUUCUGAGCCUUGUAAUUCAUACUUAAUAAUGUUUUAUCAAAUAAUACUUUAAAAAAAUUAUAUAUUUAUAUAUAUAUAUAUUAUUGCUCACAGUGCAAUCUGAGUAUGCUGCAAUAUCACAAAUUAGUUUGAUGGACAGGCAGCACUUUUUAAGUAUGGUUCCCAGGACUUUUCGGUGAAUGGUAGUCAUGAUUUUCAUACCCAUGGAAUGGAAAAUCAAAUGCCUGAGUCCUUGUCCCAAUGGUAAUAGCCAUCAACAAGUAUGAGAAAUACAAAGCAUUCGUAAAUAUUUACAAUAUUGUCCUCUAAACUAAAUUAAAAAAGAGAUUAUAUAUUUAUACCACUGAAACCAGCUCCGACCUUCAACAAUUCUCAAUACUUAAUUUGAGAAUUUUCUAACCAUGAAGAACAUAAACCCACUGAUUGAUCUUUGUGCACUUUUUGAUUUGGGAAAAAUAAGAAUUUAAGCAACAAUAGCUUCCUGCAAACUCCUGACCUAAAAUACUCUCACAGUUAGUUACAGCACUUUCUUGUUGUGCUAAAACUCUUUAUGGAGAGCAAUUUCCUUUACCAUCAGCAAGCUCUGCUACUAGUGACACCAUGUGAACUUGGAUUCUAAUUGGGAGUGUACAUUUCGAAAGGGAAUUACAACAAGACUUUUUUUAAAUUUAAAUGUUUAGAAACCUUAGAAUGUAAUCCCCCUGUCCCCUCUCUGAGGAUUCUCAGUUGCUGUUACAAUAAUUGAUAUCUCUAAACGCAGAAUUCAAAAGUCAUACUGAAAACGUUUUCCUCGCUUGAAUAGGUUUCUCAUGCAUAGCUAAGAGGCUCAACACGAAUACAAAAUUUCACAGAUCAACCCUAUUAAAAUGUAAGAUCAUUAAUACAUUGAGACUCCAAUUUCUCACUCAAAACAUGAUAGGGAUUUUUUUUGUCCAUUGAGUUGACAUAGAGGUGACGACAGCAGGCAAAAAUUGCCCAAAUUAAUAGAAAUACGACUUUUGAAACCUUUAAACACUUUUAAAAUAUUAGAUACACUAGUUUUUAAGUGGGGAAAUAAGUAAAUUAAUCUUAUAGACACUGUCCUUAGCAGGUAUUCUUUUUAUUUUACACAUUUGGUAAUCUGUGGUUUACAGAGACAAUGUUUUUUGUUUAUAUAAAAGUUCAAGCUUCAAAAUUAAACAAAAAUGACUCUUAAUAUUUGCCCAAGUCUAGAUAGGAAUUACAGAAUUAUGUCCUCUAGGUGGCAAAAAAAAAUUGUACACCAAGGAACCAAAACUGGUUUGCACAUUCAGUUCAUAAAGAAUCCAAAAGACAUUGAGAUGUAUUUGAGCUCAUUGAUGUGAUCGCGUUUAGGUCAUGUGAUUAUUCUGUUUAUUGAUUUUUUUUAAGUGUUUCUGACUACAUCAAUAACAUCUGCUUGUGAAAUUUGUUAAAACCAUCACCAUUAUUCUUCCCUAAAAAAGAAAACAUACGAUAGCUAUAUUGAAAUAAACUUCCUUGCUGUAAAUGCAGAAAAAUUAUUUCCUGGUGUAAUUUUAUUUGUGUUUUAUUUUUUUUUUAAAUAUAUAAAAUUAAAAAAAGAAGUAUAGCUUCAGGUGGGAAAAAAAACAGUUCCUUACAGUCAGAAACUGUACAGUCCUUUCACCACAUACAAAUUCCAUGAAAUAUGUUAUAAUUUUAAAUUGAGAUACCCUCAAAGGGAUUUUAUAUUUUAAACCUGUGUAAAAAAAAAAUAAAUGUAUUAGAUUUUUGUUUUCAAUAAAUCAAGUUUACUGUUUUUACCUGUU